AGUCUGAUAAACAGUACUUAUAAACAUACUGUUUAUAAGAUUCAGCUGUCAAGUCAGCUGAGACUGAAGAAGUCACCUGGAUGAGUGACCAAACGUUUCUCUCACUGAAAACGUCCAGAUGAACAGAAUCAACUUUUGGAGAGUCACCAGUUAAUCUGCGACACCAGUUAAACUGGAACACCCUCCGUUUGCUGGAAAUGAGGGAGGAGCGGUGAAAGUGAAAGGGUUGAGCCUCCGUUCAGAGCAGCAGGAGGAGGAAGCUGGGGCCGAGGCAGACUAACUCCACCCUGACAUCCAGAAGAUGGAGGAAGAGGACGGAGCAGCAGCUGCAGCAUCCAGCUGUGUGUCUGUGGGGAGUGACGGGGUUACAGAAACACCUCCACAUUACCAUCAUGGACCUGCAGCAACAAAAGGUCAGAGGUCACAGUCUCCAGUAUCCAGCUGUGUGUCUAUGAGGAGUGACAUGUCCAAAGGAAGACCUCCGAACUUCAGUAAUGAACCUGCACCAACAAUGUUCUUCAGUCAUGGAGCUCAGCUGACCAUAGGUCAGAGGUCACAGUCUCCAGUAUCCAGCUGUGUGUCUAUGAGGAGUGACAUGUCCAAAGGAAGACCUCCGAACUUCAGUAAUGAACCUGCACCAACAAUGUUCUUCAGUCAUGGAGCUCAGCUGACCAUAGGGAGGAAGAGGAAGAGGAGUGGUGUUUGUGAGGAGGAGCAGCUGUCCUGCUGUGCUUUGUGUCAGGACGUCCUGAAGGAUCCAGUCUCUACCAGCUGUGGACACUGGUUCUGCAGACAGUGCAUCUGCUCAUACUGGGACCAGUCUGCUUCAUCAGGAGACUCGUCCUGUCCCCAGUGUGGAGAAAGAUCCAGAAGCAGAGCUGGACUGCAGACAGCCAGUCAGAGCAGCUGUGUACAAAAUGUUGGUCUGCAGGAGGUUUUAGAUGAACAUAAGAUCAGUCUGAGGAGGAGAUGUGAACGUGUGACUGAAGGAAGUGAUGAAACAGGAAGUAGAACCCUCCUCAACAGGAUCUACACUGAGCUCUACAUCACAGAGGGACAGAGUGAAGAGGUUCAUACCCAACAUGAGGUGAGGCAGCUGGAGACAGCUUCCAAGAUGGACGCCCUCCAUGACGCUCCAAUCAGGUGCCAGGACAUCUUUAAAGCCUUCCCUGACCAACAGAGACCCAUCAGAGUGGUUCUGACCAACGGCGUGGCUGGUGUUGGAAAAACCUUCUCAGUGCAGAAGUUCACUCUGGACUGGGCAGAGGGCUUGGAGAACCAACAUGUCAGUGUGGUGGUUCUGCUUUCAUUCAGGGAGCUGAACCUGAUCAGAGAUGAGCAGUACAGUCUUCUGGAGCUGCUCCAUGUUUUCCAUCCAACAUUACAGAAGGUCACAGCAGAGAAGCUGGCUGUCUCUCAGCUUUUGUUCAUCUUUGACGGCCUGGAUGAAAGCAGACUUUCAUUGGAUUUCACCAACAGGAAGCUGCUGUCUGAUGUCACACAGAAGUCAUCAGUCAGCCAGCUGCUGACAAACCUCAUCCAGGGGAAUCUGCUUCCCUCGGCUCUCGUCUGGAUAACUUCCCGACCUGCAGCAGCCAAUCAGAUCCCUCCUACAUGUGUUGACAGGCUAACAGAAGUACGAGGCUUCAUUGACGCCCAUAAGGAGGAGUACUUCAGGAGGAGAUUCAGUGAUGAAGAGCUGUCCAGCAGAAUCAUCUCCCACAUGAAGACAUCCAGGAGCCUCCACAUCAUGUGUAGUAUCCCAGUCUUCUGCUGGAUCACUGCUACAGUUCUGGAGCACAUGUUGACUACAGAGCAGAGAGGAGAGCUGCCCAAGACCCUGACUGACAUGUACUCAUACUUCCUGCUGGUUCAGACAAAGAGGAAGAAGAACAAGUACCAUGAGGGACAUGAGACGAGUCCACAGGAGCUGACGGAGGCUGACAGGGAAGUUCUUCUGAAGCUGGGGAGGCUGGCGUUUGAACAUCUGGAGAAAGGAAACAUCAUGUUCUACCAAGAAGACCUGGAGCAGUGUGGUCUGGAUGUGACAGAGGCCUCGGUGUACUCAGGAGUUUGUACAGAGAUCUUCAAAAGAGAGUGUGUGAUCUUCCAGAAACCAGUCUACUGCUUUGUUCAUCUGAGCAUUCAGGAGUUUCUGGCUGCUGUCUACAUGUUCCACUGUUUCACCAACAGGAGGACAGAGGUGCUGAAGGACUUCUUUGGGAACAAAUAUAAAGAGUCAUCGUUGGAUGACUUUCUGAAGCAAGUCAUGAGAAAAUCCCUCCAGAUUAAAAAUGGCCACCUGGACCUGUUUGUUCGCUUCCUUCAUGGCCUCUGUCUGGAGUCCAACCAGAGACUCUUAGGAGGUCUGCUGGGUCAGACAGAGAUCAGUCCAGAAACCAUCCAGAAAGUCACCAAGUACCUGAGGAAAGUGAACAGUGAUAAAAUUUCUCCUGACAGAAGCAUCAACAUCUUCCACUGUCUAAUGGAGAUGAACGACCUCUCAGUACAUCAGGAGAUCCAAAAGUUCCUGAAGUCAGAGAAAGGACCAAAGAAGAAACUCUCUGAGAUCCAGUGCUCAGCUCUGGCCUUCAUGCUGCAGAUGUCAGAGGAGGUUCUGGAUGAGUUGGACCUGCAGAAGUACAACACAUCAAAACGGGGACGACUGAGACUGAUUCCAGCUGUGAGGAACUGCAGAAAGGCUGGGCUGACUCGGUGUGGACUCUCAGAGACUCACUGUGAAGUUGUGGCCUCAGCUCUGAAGUCCAACCCCUCCCAUCUGACAGAGCUGGACAUGAGUGGAAAUGAGCUGCAGGAUUCAGCAGUGAAGCUUCUGUGUGGUGGACUGGAGAGUCCAAACUGUCGACUGGAGACUCUGAGACUGACUGUUUGUAACCUCUCAGAGAGAAGCUGUGAAGCUCUGUCCUCAGUUCUCAGCUCCCAGUGCUGUAGCCUGAGAGAGUUAGACCUGAGUAACAACAACCUGCAAGAUUCCGGAGUGAAGCCUCUGUCUGCUGCAUUGCAGAGUCCAAAUUUUACACUGGAAAUUCUGAGACUGAGUGGCUGUAACCUCUCAGAGAGAAGCUGUAAAGCUCUGUCCUCAGUUCUCAGCUCGCAGUCCUCUAGUGUAAAAGAGAUGGACCUGAGUCACAGUGACCUGGGGGAUUCAGGAGUGAAGCCUCUGUCUGCCGCACUGCAGAGUCCACAUUGUACACUGGAAAUUCUGAGACUGAGUGGCUGUAACCUAUCAGAGAGAAGUUGUGAAACUCUGUCCUCAGUUCUCAGCUGUCAGUCCUCUACUCUGAGAGAGCUGGACCUGAGUCACAGUGACCUGGGGGAUUCAGGAGUGACACUUAUGUCUGCCGCACUGCAGAGUCCACACUGUAAAUUGGAAUCUCUAAGUCUGUCAUGCUGUCUGAUCACAGAGGAAGGCUGUACUUCUCUGGCCUCAGCUCUGAGCUCCAACCCCUCCCAUCUGAGAGAGCUGGACCUGAGCUACAAUCAUCCAGGUGACUCAGGAAUGAAGCUGCUGUCGGCUGGACUGAAGGAUCCAGGCUGGAGACUGGACACUCUCAGGGUGGAGCCUGCUGGAGUCCAGUGGUUGAGACCAGGUCCGAGGAAGUAUUCCUGUCAACUCACAAUCGACACAAACACAGUGAACACAAAGCUCCAGCUGUCUGACAACAACAGGAAGGUGACACGUGUGGAGGAGGUUCAGUCAUAUCCUGAUCAUCCAGACAGAUUUGAUGUUUAUCAGCUGCUGUGUAGAAAUGGUCUGACUGGUCGCUGUUACUGGGAGGUCGAGUGGAGAGGAAACAUUUAUAUAUCAGUGAGUUACAGAAGAAUCAGAAGGAAAGGAGACAGUAAAGACUGUUUGUUUGGAUACAAUGAUCAGUCCUGGAGUCUGGAGUGCUCUGAUGAUGGUCCUCGUUACGUCAGGCACAAUAAGAUGAAAACAUCCAUCUUCUCCUCCUCCUCCUCCUCCUCCUCUGUCUCUAACAGAGCAGCAGUGUAUGUGGACUGUCCUGCUGGCACUCUGUCCUUCUACAGAGUCUCCUCUGACACUCUGAUCCACCUCCACACCUUCAACACCACAUUCACUCAAACUCUUUAUCCUGGGUUUACGGUCUGGUCUCCUGGUUCCUCAGUGUCCCUGUGCUGAGUGUAAAGAGUGUCUCCUGUUAGAGAAACACUCUGACUGUUGAACAGUUCAGUCUGUACAUGUCUGUCUCUUUCACUCACAAACACGUUUUCACAUUCAUGGAUUCAAUCAGUUGAUGUUUGAAACUCUUCAAAAUGAUUCCUUGUAAACUUCUUCCUCUUCAGUCCUUUAAAGAUGGAAGCUCCCAUUAUUCCAGGAUCCACAUGUUGGUUUCUGUCUUUUUCCACUCAAAGCUUCACAGUGAAUCUCAGUAUGUUGUGUUUCUCUGAAGCUCAGUUCACAACCAGCUCCUCUGCAUUUUCAACAAGUCUGAGCUUAUUAAAAUGAAUCCAAAUGUUUGAUUUCUCUUUCUUAAUGGGAUCUUUCCAUCAUGGCUGAAUAAGUGGACAUUCAAUAGACAAAAAAAAGACAUUCAAUAGUACUCAGUGUAUCAAAUAUUAACAACAUUCAGCAUCUCUCAUGUGACUGUCAUUUUAUACAAACAGCUGCUUUUAAAAACUGCUCCAAUUUAACCAGUGGACAGCUACAUUUAUAUAUAACAUACUGUAACCUAUAUAACUAUAUGUAUAGUGUAUUAUGUAGGUUUUAGAGCUGGGGGUAGAAUUGCUGAUGGCCUGGUUUUUAUUUAUGUUCCCCAUGGUUCACCAGCUCUCACACAGCAUCACCACCAAUGAUCCACGUCCUUAUAAACUUCUGAAUCAGGUCCUGAAGCAGUGACGUACUGAGUGAAGACCUCACUGAUCACAUGACUCUGGUCACCUGGACUCAGUGUUUCUGAAGCAGUGUGCUGGGUUUUUAAAAAUACGUGGCUGCUGCCUGAUGUUGGACCCACAGAGGAAGACGACUCACUCACUCUUCUUCACUUCCUCCUUAAACAUGUGGAAGGAGAGCAAAGUGCUGCCAGACUCUUAUUUCUGACAGGAACAGAAGAAACCACAGCAAACUGGUCCAGUUAUUCAUCUUCAUCACAAUCUAUUUAUUUAUGAUGGUCUCUUCAGUCUGAGGGUUUGAAGUUUCCAUGUCUGUGUGAUGUGUGGUGUGAAGGCUGCUGGUUAAACUGGGACUCACUGUUUAAAGCACUGAGUGCUCAUAGAGAGAUGCUCCAUGAGUCCCAGUACAGACUACAAACAUGGUGGAAACUGUGGAAUUACAGGGAUUAUUUUACAUAACCAUCAUCUUUAUCAUUGCAUUAAUUAUCAUUUCAUCCAAGCAUUUAUUGAAGUUGCUGGCAUUAUGUUAUAAUUUGUAUUACAUAGGUUAUCAUAAUCACAUAUUAACAUGUUUAUUACAGGUGCAGUUACAACCACUUAAAUCGUUGAGUUAAAUCUAUAAUCUUAAAAGCUUAUAUGCUGAGUAUAUUGUUACAGUAAAAUAGUAGCUGAGCAAAGGCCUGAAUGUAUUCAGCUUCUUGUUGCAUUUGAGUUUGCCUAGUAACAGGUGACAGAAGAUGGGCCAAAGAGGAGGACAAGUCCAUGGGGACCUCAUCACCAUAUUUGGAAAAGGAUGCCAGAAAGGGGAACUCCUGUCUCUGUAGUUAUCUCUUAAAAUUGAUCAUUGUCUGUAGAAGAGGCAAAUAAUGUUCUUAAGAUGCAAAUUAUGUGCUUGUAAACGCAUGAGGGGGCGUCAUAAUACCCUGAUGUUAUAAAAGCAAUCUGAAGUGUAUUUUUGGGUGGGGAUUUACAACUGAUGGUUUCCAGUGUACGUCUCCCCACGCUGCGUGCAUUCAUUAAAAUCAAUUGUUUGAUCGACCUUUUCUGGACCAUCAUUGUUUUACUCUCGUCCUCAAUUUCGGACCCGUAACAUUUGGUGCAUUGGCCGAGGGUUGAGAGAGGGAGAAAGUUGGAGGUUGAGACCGAGAGGGUCCGAGGCGCUCGAACGGGCAGACACGAGUCAGUGGUCGAAGUGAGUGGACAUAAGCCGGCUUAUUCAAAGGUAAGGCACUACCUGUUGAAUUAUUUCCAAAAUGUGCCAAUUGGAUAUUCCAAAUUAAAAGUUUACUCACUGAAAUUACUGGUAAAGGUCUGUUUUGAUUUUGGUGAAAAUCUCAUGAGAAUUGAAGUUGAAGUAAUGAUAAUGAAAUGUUGAAAGUGACAGUACUGAGUAAAGAGAAUUUAAAGUAGUUGGACUGCUAAGUAAAUAAAAGCAGUUGGACUGCUAAGUGAAUUUAGAAUAAUAGGUAAUUGGUUGUUUUGUGGUUAACACUCCCAAUUGGCUAUAAGGUUGGACCUGCGUCGGUCAUACACUUGUUUUGAGUGUUGAUUGUUGUUUCAAAGUAUUACAAAUUUCUGUAGAACGGCAGUUGGACUGCUAAGAAGCGCAUUGUCCAGAGGUAACGCUUGCCGAGGGUGCGGACGCGUACCUUCGUCCUCUAGGAGGGAUAGUCAGUUGGUCACUGUGGAGCUUGGGGCACUCCAAAAUAACUAGUGGUUGGACCACUUUACCGUUUAGAACGGUAUUUGCACUUUUUUGGGCAGUAAAGCUUGGAGCUUGGGCGUUAGACGCUUUUAAAUUGAGUUAGGGACCUUAGGGAUUCGACCAGAUACAGUUUAGAACUGAUACUGUGUAAUUGAUAAUAAAAAACUUGGAGUUUGUCCCUUGGAGGGUUAAUUUAAAUUUGUGAAAAUUCUGUAGGUUGUGCAAUCUCAGGCCUGAUAAUUGUUGUUAUUGUAAUUAUAAGACGUCUGUGUAUCUGUGUAAUAUAAAGUAAGAGGUUUGGUGUCAAAAGGAGUCUGACCCAGCACUGAGCUGAAGUGCUGAGGCCAUUUUUUAGACGGAGUGUGUGUGAAAAUGCAAAUGAGGCAGCUGCGAGGUCCCUAGAGUUUUAGGAAGUUCAUAGAGAGUGUUACACAUUGCUGAACGCCUGUAUUUAAGACGCUGGUUUUGUUUAUUACAAUACUGUAAGUAAAGUUUUUAUUUCUUGCCAUGACUGUAUGACUUUUUGCUGGGUUUUGAGAUAGGAUACAUACACUGUUGAUACUUAGGACCGCUAUUUGGGGUCUGAAAACUGAAAUUGACUUUGAAAUAAUUUCAUUAAUAAAUAUGUCUGUGAGUGAUGUCUCUUUUGGUGUCUCCAAGUAAGAUGUUUUAGGAUUUUUAGAUGGGUUUUGUUUCAGUUUGAGAUAAUAUACACAGUUACAUUUGGUGUUUCUCAGGUAUUGUGGUUGACUUUGAGUGAUACAUAUAGGUGUAAGUCGUUUGAUGUUUGUUGGGCAAAGGAGGACUUUAGAAGAUUGUAAGUGGUUUUUUAGUCCAAUAACAUAUAAGUAGUUAGAUUUGACAGACUUGUUUACAUUUUGGCUUUAUGUUAAUAUAGGUUGCAGCGGGCACAGAGGAAGCACAGCACAACAUCUUAAGGGUUUAAAAAUAAUAAUAAAUAAAUGAAUGAAGUUUCUUAUGGGUUUUUGUGUGUGUUUUUAGGGAUAGUUUUUUGUGGGUUUUUAGGGGGAGUGUGUGUUUGUGGUGUUUGUGUGUGUCAAACGGAGAUAACAUGAAAACAGAGGAAUUAGAGACUAGAAUGUCCUAGAAGCCAAUAAAAUGCAAAUUAAGAAGCUGUGAACUGCUUAAACCACAGUUGGUUUCACAAGUACUGCUGCAAACAUUGUUGAAUGCGUGUGUUUAAGACGCCAUUUAUGUUUAUUAGAGGGUUAUAAAUAAAGUUUUGAGUUGCUGUAGUGGA